GAAAAGGGCAGCAAGCUGUGCAGUUGUUCAUUGUGCUGCACCCAAUGCGUGUAACAAGGAAGACUUCCUUGACAAUAAUAUUCAUAAGAUAAGUUUGAUUUAGUCAAAUCUUUGCAAAGGUAGCAGGAUCAACUUAACUUGGAACAUUUGAGCUGAGAAACAGCCUUGAAUACACCAUUCCCUACAAGCACAACAGCUACCAGAGGAAAAGGCUUUCCACCCCUUUCUAUGUGUGGAAACUACGCUAAGUUUGGAUUUUGCUACUAUAACACUGAAGGAGUCAGUACAAGAUGGGAAGAAUGCUGAAACACAUGCUGAUUUUCCUUCUCAUCAUCCUGAAGGAGUUUGACAUGCCAGAAGCUUCCUGCAGCUGUUCAUCAUCACCCUGCAGAUGUACCAGUCUGGGUCUUACCAGCAUCCCUCAAAACCUACCAACAUCCAUCACUGAACUGAACUUGAAUGAUAAUCAAAUUCACACUUUAGGUCAGUCAGAUUUCUCCAGGUAUACAAACUUGAUAAAGCUAUACCUGAACAACAAUGGCAUCAGUAGUAUUGAGGUAGGGACCUUCAGUCACACUCCACAGUUACAACAUCUUUACCUAAAUAGAAACAACCUGACAUCAAUUCCACAAGGUGUUUUCAAUAAUCUGAAUCAAAUCCAAGGAUUGUCCUUAUCUUCAAACCUGAUCAUUCAGUCUGGUGCAUUUUCAAACUUUCCCCAACUCCUGUACCUUAGCCUACAGGACAACAAGUUAACCAGUAUUCCAACUAUACAAUAUCAGUUUCCAAAACUCAUCGUUCUAAGCCUGAAUUCUAACAAUAUAACAGACAUUCCUGCCAAUGCAUUUUCCAAUCAGCCCAAACUGAUUUGGCUCUUUCUCUCCUCAAACAGAAUCUCAACUGUUUCAUCGACUGCUUUCAGAGGACUUGCAAACCUAACCAUACUCGAUCUAUACAACAAUGAGCUUCCUGAGCUUCCUGACUAUCUGUUCUUUGGUCUGACUAGUCUUUACUAUCUAAAGCUACAAAACAAUGACAUCUUGCGGAUCUUCCCAAACACAUUCACAGGGAUAUCAAGCCUUACAUAUUUGUACUUGUCUGGCAACAACAUAAAAACAUUCCCUAUUGAGGCAUUGCUAAAGAUUUCCUCAAUUACUCAGCUCUACCUGCAGAACAACCAGAUGACAACACUUCCAUUGACAGCUUAUGACAUGUUGUCAUCAGUCUCUAAUGUAGACAUUAACAACAACCCCUGGCAGUGUGACUGUAGAAUGGUUGGUUUCAGACUGAAAAUGAAUGGGUCUCAUUCUUUUGAAAACCAGAUCACCUGUACUGAUCCACAAAAUUCUGGACAACUUCUGAAAGAUAUCAAUCCUGAGGAUCUGACUUGUGAAGAGCCGACGAUCGCCAGGUUCGAGAAAGGUGAUGACAACUCAGUGGUAGAGGGGGAGACUCUACAUUUGGUCUGUGAAGCUUCAGGAAUCCCCACACCAGACAUCACAGUCACUCUCCCAUCUGGACUGAAUGUAACUGUUGAGUCAGGUGGGAGGGUGACUGUGGAUGUGAAUGGUACCAUCACUGUAGCAGAUGUUGCUGCAGCAGAUGCUGGUCUGUAUAUCUGCAUUGCAGCAAGUCCUGUUGGCUCAACGUUUGAAACACUGUCUGUAGAUGUCCAACCCAAAGUACCCCCUACUGUAACAAUGGCACCACACAAUAUCACCAUCAAAGUUUUCCCUACAGUAACAAUGGCACCACACAAUAUCACAGACAAAGUUCCCCCUAUUGUAAAAAUGACACCACUAAGUAUAACAGACAAACCAGAAAGCAUCAGUGACCAUGGAUCUGCUCCCAGUUUCUCCCUACCUGUUCUCCUUGGCUCUGUUAUUGGUGCAGUAGCUGGUACUGUCCUCAUUGUUGGAAUCAUUCUCAUGAUCUGGUGCAAGAGAAGGACCCAGAAUCCUCCUCCAUCAGGCCCCGACACAAGUGUUGUUUUCAAUAACACAAACACCACAGUUACUGUAGCAACCAGUGGUCACGAUCAGACAGGACAGGGUCAGUCCAAGGAUGUCAGAAACCCACGAAAUGCUCAGAGGCAAACUAUCCCACAGUUGCCUAUUUACGAAGAUGUGGAUCAGAUACCAAGCAACCAAAGACAUGCUGCAGGUCCUACAAGUGCAAGUCCUGGGGGUGCAGGUCCUAGAGGUGCAGGCCCUAGAGGCGCAGGUCCUAGAGGUGCAAAUCCUAGAGGUGAAAGUCCUAGAGGUGCAAGUCCUGGAGGUGCAGGUCCUAGAGGUGCAGGUCCUAGAGGUGCAGGUCCUAGAGGUGCAAAUCCUAGAGGUGAAAGUCCUAGAGGUGCAAGUCCUAGAGGUGCAGGUCCUAGAGGUGAAAGUCCUAGAGGUGAACGUCCUAGAGGUGAAAGUCCUAGAGGUGAAAGUCCUAGAGGUACAGGUCCCACAGGUGCAAGUCCUAGAGGUGCAGGUCCAAGGCAGCCUGCUAAGAAGAAGGCCCUGAUGCCACCCAACAGAAACAAAGCUCCUAAUGUUGAGCACCCCCCACCUCCCCCUCCCCAUACAGGUGCUGCUGCAGCUGUGUAUGCAAAUGAGCCUGAUGAACUUAACAACCUACACCUUUAUCAACCUCUAACAAAGACAUACUAAACGAGCUAUCCUAAAGUUUAUGCAGAAAUUGUAAAUAUCAAGCAAGCUAUAUCCUGAAGAUUCACAACCAUGACUUGUGACUCAACAAAAGGUACUGAUCAUAGUCUUGAAAUAAAUGUUGUUUGCAUCUGCAUGAACCUUAAUGGCACGUACAAUGUAUAUUGUAGUAGAUUUAAGAAGGAAGAUUUAAAUCCUAAAUUGGCCAAAAUUUCAGAUAGAUGUUGGUGUACAGAACACUUUGGAAACAUUAAUUUUUCAAGUGCAUAAUAUUAGGUGACAUACAUGACUACUAAAAAGAAUUUCCUGUGACUGUUCAACUCCUUCCUUACACCCCUACAGUGUAUGUCUGCUAGAAUUUUCUCAUCUGUCAUUGUCAUACUUUCCUUUUCCUACCCCUUCCGCCUCCCUGCGUCCAAGUGACUUCCCUUUUGUUGUGUGACAAUUUCUCAUAAAUUGUGUAUAUAUAGGAAAGAGCCACAAGCUGUGGCUGCAUUAGUGCUCUUUGUCACAUUUUGCAUCUUUAUCUCAAGAGUUCUCUUUUCAUCACCUAUGAGAAGACAACAUAUCUUCACUUUUUGUAAGUUCCGUCCAAUUCCAUUGUCUUUAUUGCAAGUAAUGUCAGACAUGUGACUCUAACAUGAAUUUCCAUUCAAAACAUUUGAGGACUGGCUUAUUAUAGGAUAAUGUGUGUGACUGGAACAGGAAUGAUUUAUAAAUAUUAGAGUGAAACCAUGUGUAGUAUACAAUAAUUAUAAGACUUUGUACAGUAUACACAAAUAUUGAGGUUAGCUUCUCUGUAAUCAUUUUAAUUUGAUUAUGGUUAGCUAAUCUCUGUCAUCAUUUUACUUAAAUUGCAAUGUACCAGGCUUAUAUCAUAAUCAUAUAUUAAGAAAAAGUAAACUUUUUUCACAUAUAUCACACUGUAUUACAUAUAUAUCAAGUAUACUAAGAGGGAUUCAAUCAUUGUAAAUGUACAUUACAUUCUUGUGUAAUGUAUGAUGUUUGGACAACUCCAGCUCUUGAUUCUGCUGUAUCACACAGGAUUACUGUUGAUAUGAAUGAAGUUUAACAUAUAAAUAUAAAAUACUGUACUGGAACUGUUUCCUUUCCUUACAUAAUAUACAAUGUAGCUAUAGUAUAGGGUAUAGCACUAAAACUGUGGCCUAUUGUAAAAUGAUGAUUGUGUAAGCUGAUA